AUGGCAUAUCGGAGAAGGGGACAGCCCUCACCGUCGCCGUUGUCUUACUAUUAUUCAUACGAGAAUCAGAGGGAUGAGGGAAAGGGGAGAGAAGAUGAGGAAAGAGCAGCGCAAGAUUCAACUUCGACUGCCACCGGACUUGCCUCCAAAGCCAUCAGAGCAUCCUCCGCCGCCCAAACCCUCCGAGAUUCCUCCCUUUCCUCCGCUUACGCCUUGCCUCCUUCUCCUUCCUCUUCCUCCUCAUCUGCUCCUUCUUUCUCCGCCAAUGCUUCUGCUGCCGCUGCUUCCAAGAAUCCCGCCCACAAUCCCCACGCUUAUACUUCCAUGAGUAGCUUCAACCAAUCUAAUCGCAAUCGCAAUAUCAAUCCCAACCCCGAUCCCAAUCCCAAUCCCAAACCAGGUGGUUUUUGGGGUUCUCUUGCUAGAAAAGCUAAAUCCUUUCUCGAUGACGAUGAUGAUGACGAUGAAAGUGAAAAUGGGCAGCAGCGGAAUCGGCUCCCGCGAACCCAGUACCAACAAGACCGUGAUUUCGUGCCCCGACAGCACCAGCAACCUCACUCUCCUCCCCCGGAUCCUCAGCCGUUGUCUGAACCGUCUACCUCUUCACCCAAGAGUGAUACUCGCCACCCUCCACUGCAAGACGACCGUAAAAAGAAAGAAGGUCCUGUGCUACGCAAAGGGCUCAAUGCAAUUUCAUCUUCCCUUAACUACAUUGGCAAUGCUGUUGAGGAGGGCCUCACGAAGGUGGAGAACCGAACAGCUGAUAUCAUCCAAGAAACACGCAAGCAUAUCAGGAAAAAGCCUGCUGGUACUACCAUGCACAACCAGACGAACAGCCAAAGUACUGUACGGCAGCAACCUCCAGUACAGUCACCGGUGCAGCCCCAGAUGCAAGGUGAUCUGGAGCUUCAAUUGAAGGCAUCUCGAGACGUUGCUAUGGCGAUGGCUGCCAAAGCUAAACUACUACUUAGGGAGCUGAAAACUGUUAAAGCUGAUUUAGCUUUUGCCAAGGAAAGGUGUGCUCAGCUGGAGGAACAAAAUAAGGUUCUCAGAGAGAGCCGCGAAAGGGGAGACAACCUGGAAGAUGAUGACCUGAUUCGGCUUCAACUUGAGACACUACUGGCAGAGAAGGCGCGGUUGGCGCACGAGAAUUCAGUUUUUGCUCGCGAAAACCGAUUCCUAAGGGAAGUAGUGGAGUAUCACCAGCUUACUAUGCAGGAUGUAGUGUACUUGGAUGAAGGAACUGAAGAAGUCACAGAAGUAUACCCGAUCAAGGUAGUGUCAAAUACCCCAUCCACCCCCAGUGCAGAGAUGUCCCAUGGUGUAAGCCUUGUCGGGAAUCGAGAAACAUUGGUGCACCCUGUGCCACCACCUGGACUAGGCUAG